AUGUUAAGGUCUCACUUGGCACUUUGGGUCAUACUAUCAUUGAAGCGGAAAGUGACACUAUUGGCCGUUGUCUCAUUUGGCUGUCUUGUCAUUCCCACUCUACGUUUGCCUGGUAUAAAACAGAUAACUUGUGCCUCGAUCAAACUGGCACUGAUAGUUUGGCUUACAGGUCCUAAUUAUCUUAAGCGAACAGUUUCAGUGGUUAUUGCACUUGACCGAAAAAAAGGUCUGUGUAGUGACAUUUGUAUAUUAAGGUUAAAGACUACACCAAAACCAAGUGGAAUGGUGUAUCAACUCUACUACGUCCACAGUACUUCUGCCAGAUUAUUGGUUCUAUUUAAAUACCAGACUCGAACUCGAUAA